UGUGGAGGAUGGCGAGGAGGAUGCAGAUGUGGCUUUUAGCCUUUUACUAGCGCUGAUGCUCCAGUCUGGCCACCACCAUCGUCAGAGAUAAAGAAAGACAGACCACGCUAUCAAGCUAGCUGGCUAACCUCAGACCCUCAGCCCGCUGCGUGACAGAGGACCACAAACCCAGCCCUCCACACCAGCCUGCUUCCACCACCCGGGCUCUGUUAGGUGGGCCCCCUCUCAUCUCCAGCCCUGGCUUGUGGCUUGAGAUUCCUGCGGUAGUCACAAACCCUAGAUUCUUGGUUGCAACGGGCUCAGAGCUCCAGGAGUUUUGUCUUCUCGUGCUCUCCUUCCUUUGCUCUCUUCUCUCCCUCGCUCUCUUUGGUCUCUGCGUCUCAAAUCCACCUUUCUGCCUCUGCAAAGGUCGGUGGAGAUCGACGGCAGUGAGGGCUCCACACCGCUCUGGCUUCCCUGUCAUGGCAUCCAACAGCAUCUUUGACUCCUUCUCCAACUACAGCAGCAGUCUGCUCAGAGAGCCGCCCACCACCAGACGGUUCACGCCGCCCUCCACGUCCUUCCCCUGCAGUAAGAUUGGAGACGGCAACGGGGCCAUGGCCACCCCGGGGCCCCUCAGGUCAAGACCGGACACCAGGAACGUGGUGGACGUCUUGGCGGACCACGCCGGCGAGCUGGUCCGGACCGACAGCCCCAACUUUCUCUGCUCUGUCCUCCCUUCUCACUGGAGGUGCAACAAGACGCUGCCCGUGGCUUUCAAGGUCGUGGCUCUCGGUGAUGUUCCCGACGGGACUCUGGUCACCGUGAUGGCCGGGAACGACGAGAACUACUCGGCCGAGCUGAGGAACGCCUCUGCGGUGAUGAAGAACCAGGUUGCCCGUUUCAACGACCUGCGCUUCGUGGGCAGGAGCGGACGAGGAAAGAGCUUCACUCUGACCAUCACCGUCUUCACCGGACCGCCACAAGUGGCCACCUACCACCGCGCCAUCAAAGUCACCGUGGAUGGACCCCGGGAACCGCGCAGGCACAGAGUGAAGAUAGAAGACCCCCAGAAGAUGCAGUUCUCGGACAGGCUGUCAGAGAUCGAGCGCUACCAGCGGACUAUGCGAAUAGGCCCAGUGAACAAUAAUCCCCGCCCCAUCCACCAAACCCACCUCAGCACCACACAAGCCCUGUGGCAGGAGCAAAUGGACACCCCUGCUCUGAAGACAUGCAAGGUAGAGGAGGACCUGAGACCAUGGCCAGGGACUACAGAUCUCUUCCAACAGAGGACCACCUUCCCAUCUCUGUCGCCGCUGACUGACCCUCGCUUCUCAGACCCCCGCAUGCAUUACCCCGGGGCCUUCCCUUACUCCGCCAACACCUCCAGCACUGGCAUCAGCGGCCUCAGCAUGUCAGCCUCCUCUAGAUACCACACCUACCUGCCACCACCCUACUCAAACAACCAGACCCAGAACUUCCAGUCCAACUCCUACCUGUAUUACGGCACAGGCUCUGGAUCCUACCAGUUCUCCAUGGUGGCGCCGGGGAACACCGGGGGCGAGCGCUCCCCCACCCGUCUGCUGUCCUGCUCGGGGGCCGGGGGCACCGGAGGGACCAACAGCCUGAUGAACCCGGGCCUGAACACCCAGAGCGAGGGCGUGGAGGCCGACGGCAGCCACAGCAACUCCCCAACGGCCAUGAGCGCUUCGGGCCGCUUGGAUGAGUCCGUCUGGAGGCCUUAUUGACUGACUGACAGCUAGACAAUCAGAGGGUGCGGGAGGAGUGAGGGAGGAAGAGAAAAGAGGACGAUGAGAAAAAAAAAAAAAAGAAAAAAAAAGCUGAACACUGAAAGAAAGAAAAAAAAAACAAAGAAAAAAAAAGAGAAAUGCUGCAUGUUUGUCUUUUAUUUCUCCGGCACUCGCUUUCAAGACUUUUGUGUUUUACCAACUCUCCCAAGAUUUCCAUGUAUUUUGUAAAUUUUGAGUCAACUCCUGCACUGUGCUACAACAUGUACUCUUACGGGACUAUUAAAGCCAUAUAAAUAAAGUGAGAAGAUGUUCAGCUGAGACUGUAAAUAGAAGUGAGAGCAAAAACCAGAGAAGCCAUAGUAACAUUUCAGGAUCAUUUGUCUGGUGUAAACAGGUACUCAUCAGAGACGAAAGAACAAAAGACAAUGGAGGUACAAUCCAUCAGUGCAGCUGAUGAACUGAAACCACAGCAGGCACUCAUCAAGCAGACUGUUCGGACUGAUCCAACUCACUUGGUGGGUGGAGAAGAGCAGUCGGGCUGUGACUCCGACAUCCUUCCAACGCAUGGCUGCACUGCUGUAGCAUAUCGGUUCCUUUAAGCUUUAAUUUCUGUAAGAGAUUUGAAUAUUGCAAAAAAAAAUAUUGUCAGUUGUGAAAACAUCCUCAGAUGCACCGAGAGCUGUUUCAUGUGCUCACAGUACUUAUUUACAACCUUAUUGCCUAAUUUAUUAUCCAAAUGAACAGAACAGCCUUUGGUGCUACGGUAUGCGGCGGAUGUUUCAACACAACCCCUGCAUAUUUGAGAGAAAAGCAUUUUAUCUGUCAGGACUCACAUGUUUAAGAAAUGAAUUCUCCUCUGCUGCAUCAUCAGUGUAUCGAGUUUCAACAGGACAAUGGUUUGAUGUUUGAGGAAUGUAAAAGAUUUAACACAGAGGAGUGUUUAUCGGUUUCUUUUACUCCAGGAAUAUUUUACGUCCUGUUGUUGUUGACUUUUUGCUUUUUCCUUAAAUUUCUUAUUGAAGCCCUUUUCUGAAAAAAGGAGUCCUAGUCUGGUAUUUUUCAACUGGAUGACAGUUUACUUUUGAUAUUUAUUUGAGCCAAAUUGUGAGAAAAUGUACGCAUAUACCCAAAAUCUUUGAGCAUUUCUUGCUACCUUUCCUUUUUAUAUAUAAAUAUAUAUAUACAGUAUAUAUAUAUAUAUACCAUGUUUUGUUGUUAAGUAUAAAUUUGGAAUUUGUGUAAUAUAUUGUUACUAAAUUAUAAAAAAACAAAACCUUUAAUGUAAUUAUUUUGUCUUCCAAUGUAGCUUUGAUGCACUAAAAACUUUUAUUCCUUAUGAACCACGCCCAACAGAUUCUGUUAGUCAGAUGGUGUAUCUAGAGCCGUAACCUUUUAAACUAUUUCCAAAUUGCCUUCCUGCGCUAAAUGAGUCAUUUGCUUAAUUUUUGCACUAUGUUCGACUUCUUUUACUCUUUUAUGGUUUGCAUUUACAAAUAUCUCAGUCUGCAGAGCUAAAUAUUAAAAAAAAAAUUCCUACAUAUACAUUUGCUGAAGACACUUAACGUGUCUUUUUUUUUUUUUUAAUCCUUCACCAAAUAAGUAAUGAUGUCAGAAUUACAUACACACACACACACACACACACACACACACACACACACACACACAUUCCUGCACCACAGGUGUGUGUGCACAUUCCCCCUGUCCUGAGGGCGUUUGCCCCCUGCAGUUACACAUGUGAUCCCUCUAUCCCUGGAGGGGGGAGUGAGAGGAUGAAGGGACAGAAGGAGGCAGUGGAGCAGUAUCUUCUUACCAACCGCUAGCACAGUUAUGCAAAAAAAAAAAAAAAAGCCUUCCUUGUUGUGCACAGGUCCCUUUGUUCUGAAUAAUCAGUGAGUGCUUUGAAGCCUUUCUGGCCCUGAUUCUGUCUUUGCUGGUCUAAUUCACUGAUCAUCGGUGAAUCACAUCAGGGGCGCGUGGCUCUGCCCAUAAUUCAUACACCUGUGCAGAUUAUCUUGGUAUGAGCCACACUAAGAUAUUCAUAGCAGGUAUCAGGUACCUAACAUUGACCUAGAAAGUCUUCCAUAAGAAGGAAGAUGACUAAGCAUUCAUGACUCUGUGAGAUGGGUAUUCAGGUUGCUACACAUGUGAGAUUUCAUUUCAAGGUGAAUAGUGAUCCAAAGCUAGCAUUUGCAGCUCAGGUAAAAACAAGUUAUGCAAGGCGUUUUGCUGAUCCACCAUAGAGACCCUCUGCCUUAUUCCUAUUUUUUAUAACAAUCAGUAACAAUGGUUCAUUCCUAUUUCCCUUUGAUUUGGAGGAAAACACAUUUCCUGCUCUCUCCUCUGGAGCCUUUAUAUGGUAGAAGACCUUACUUUACUGUGGGCAGAAAUCAUGCAGCUAGAGAAACCACAUAUGUAUUUAUAUUUGUGUGGUUUCUUCAAAAAGAAAAAAACCAAAGAUCUUCACAACUGUCUGUAAUGCAGCUGGGUUGUUGAUGAUGGGAAAGAUGUGUGGUAAAAUGAAUCAUGUCUUGAUAUCAUUCUUUAUGCAAAACUAGAAAGCCAAAAAUGUACAACCGAAGUGUAUUUGACUGUAUAUUGGAUUAAAGAGCACAAUGUUACAUUUUCUUAUAUUUCUUUUUUUAAAGAAUCCCCUUUUUCCUUUUCAUAUAUCAAAAUGUAAAGUCCUCUUGCUGUCUUCAUUUCUCUUUAUGCUCAAAGCAUGUACAUCUGAAACUGAUAUGUUAAUUUAAGAAUCUCAUCUAUGUAUGUAUUAAUAUCAUUAAUGUUUCCAUAUUGAGUGCUUGUACAAUUUGCGGAUAAUGUAGUUUUUAACCAUUUUAAUUAAAAAACAUGUGUCUCA